GGGCUGGCUGGCAGCGCUCACCUGCCGGCUGCGCGGAGCGGAGCGGGGCACUGAGCGGGAACUCCGGCGGAGCGCCGCGCAGCGCAGCACGGCCAGCACAGAUGGACUUUCUGGUCAAGCUCCAGAUGCUUUUGUUUGAGUAGCCUCAACCUCCCUAUGGACUCAACAGAUGUACCACGAAAUGGCACUGCUCACUGGGAAUGCAGAUCCUGAGUUCAGCUCCCGCUCCUUCAACAACUUGGAAAAUCUGUGUGAAGUGCAAACCAAGAAAGGAUUCUUCUACAAAAAGGCCAAACUUCUGCACCCUGGAGAAGACCUGUGCUGCUUAGCCCGUUUGGAUGACCGGUCCAGGUUUGUGAUCAUCAACGUAGGUGGCAUUAAGUACAAAAUUCCCUGGACCACCUUGGAGAACUGCCCCUUGACCAGGCUUGGGAAGCUGAAAUCUUGCAACAAUUACGAUGAGAUCAUGGACAUCUGCGACGAUUACGAUGUUAGCUGCAAUGAAUUUUUUUUUGACCGUAAUCCUAGUGCCUUCAGAACGAUCAUGACAUUCCUGACAGCUGGGAAGCUGAGGCUUCUCAGGGAGAUGUGCGCUCUUUCGUUCCAGGAGGAGCUUGUGUACUGGGGGAUAGAAGAGGACCACCUGGAGUGGUGCUGUAAAAAGAGGCUGCGACAGAAAGAGGAAGAGGCAGCCGAGGCCAGGCUGUUUGAGAGGGAGAUGGUGUUUAAUGAAGCCACGCAAUGUGCCUUCCAGGACAGCAGCCGGCUGGGUCUGUGCAUGCGAAAGCUCAGGGACAUGGUGGAGAACCCCCACUCAGGGAUCCCAGGAAAGAUCUUUGCUUGUAUUUCAAUCUCUUUUGUUGCCAUCACUGCUGUCAGCCUCUGCAUCAGCACCAUGCCAGACGUCAGAGAAGAAGAGGAUCGGGGUGAGUGCUCACGGAAGUGCUACGACAUCUUUGUGCUGGAGACGGUGUGCGUGGCGUGGUUUUCCUUUGAGUUCCUGCUGCGCUCCAUCCAGGCAGAGAACAAGUGCGCUUUCCUGAAAACCCCGCUCAACAUCAUCGACAUCCUGGCCAUCCUGCCUUUCUACAUCUCCCUCCUGGUGGACGUGGUUUCCACCAACAGCAGCAGCAGGGGGGGCGGGGGGGCGGGGAACAAGUACCUGGAGCGCGUGGGGCUGGUGCUGCGCUUCCUGCGGGCGCUGCGCAUCCUGUACGUGAUGCGGCUGGCGCGGCACUCGCUGGGGCUGCAGACGCUGGGGCUCACCGUGCGCCGCUGCACCCGCGAGUUCGGGCUGCUGCUGCUCUUCCUCUGCGUGGCCAUGGCGCUCUUCUCGCCCCUGGUGUACCUGGCCGAGAGCGAGCUGGGCGCCAAGCAGGAGUUCACCAGCGUCCCCACCAGCUACUGGUGGGCUGUGAUCUCCAUGACAACUGUUGGCUACGGGGACAUGGUGCCUCGCAGCAUCCCCGGACAGGUGGUGGCCCUGAGCAGUAUCCUGAGCGGCAUUUUGCUGAUGGCUUUCCCGGUCACGUCCAUCUUCCAUACCUUCUCCCGCUCCUACAGUGAGCUGAAGGAGCAGCAGCAGCGAGUAGCCAGCAGGCAGGUGCGCCAGCGGCAGGAGAACACUGAGCUCCCAGGUGGUUACAGUGCCACGUUCCCACCAAGUGCUGGUGAGCAGGAGGGUCUGCCCUUGGUGGAGCAGUAAGCCAAGAGAAGUUCUUGACCCUGAACAGCUGAGGACGUACGUCGGCAGCACAAGAAGCAGUGGACAAGGGAGUUCGGUUCUGCAAGAAGAAUGCCUUGAACUGCAUAAAUGAGGGGCAGACACACCCAAGGUUUCUCUAAAGACCAACUUCUGAUCUUAAGGGACCUCUGAAAGGUACCCCUAUAAAUUCUACCAAGUACAGCUCUGCUCCAUUGCUUUUCUUAGGGCUUUUCUAUUGAGCAAGUAUUUUUGGGUAUGCCCAAGGAGCAGCCAUUGAACACAGCCAGCCAGCAGAAUGUAAUGUGAAGCACAGCCUGUGCCAGGUGCCAUAUGGCAGAGCAACCAGCGUGCCACCUCCUCCCCGCCCUGCUCAGCAGCACUCCCUGUGCAAAGGGCUGAGCAAGGGGCUCCCUGUGCUGCCAUGCCCCACAGCACGUUUGUUUGGGCAGCACCACCAAGGAACACAAACCUCAGGCCAGCCAGGGGGCGAGGGCAGGAGGAGGGCAGAAGCAUCCCUUCAGCUUUACCAGGGGCUUGCUUUUGUCUUCUACAGAUGAGGCAGUGGAGCCGGAGCUGCCAGCUCUGAAUUGUGUGUGAGCACAGUUUGCAUUAUUUAGUAGAGAUGCAUAUUUGCCAUCCUAAGCUUUAUAUCUUAGUCCCAUGACAGAAAUACACAUACAAAAAGUCAUCCUGACUCUGGUACUAAAUGUUAACUUGGUUAUUUUUCCUUUGCUAACAGUCGAAUGUAAAAAAUACCAUUACAAAUGAUGACGUUUCUCCACUUUCUGUUAACUAUUUCCAUCUCUCAUGUAUCGAGAAAUGUGUUUAACAGGCAACUGAACCAAUCUGAAUUACAUGUGGUCAAGAAGAGGAGGGUGAUGUUAGACCAGCAGUGACUCCCAGCUCUGUAGUGUUCCUCAGUGGAACACUGAGUGCAGUCUUGUGCAAACAGGAGUAGGGAGUGGUACAAACCCAGGGAAGCCAGCCAGACACCUUCAGUGCUCCUCUGAAUUAGCAGUAGGCUUUUGGUUUUGCCCACCUACUAAGAAAAAGACAAUCCUGUCAUUAGAACAAGUGUUCUUUCUCUUCUUCCUGAUUCUCAAAGGAUUCAAGUCAAAUUUGAAGGUGGCAUCUGCAUGUUUGCUUAUUGAUGCCAGCCCCAUGCAUGAACUUUCCAGCCCCCACCUGGAGGAGCUGUGUCGCUGGUCCAAGGCAGGAUGCUGUGUGGGUCUCUCAGUGCUCCUACAGGUGGGAUGUGAUCAGGGAAUGGAAGGAGAUGGGACCCAACAGUCUCUUGUACCUACACUCCUAUUGUGCUAAAGCCAUGCAGUGUCACCCUCCAUAUUCUCCACCCACCAGGAAGGGAACAAAGCCCCAUGUAUUGAAGAUGGGAUUUGUCUGGUCUGUUGUUUAGGGUUUUUUUUUUGUCUCGGCCUACAUUGUAAAACCAAUCCUACAUUAGCAAACUCUCAUAUUAAGCCAUUCCUUAUAGGAAUGAAGCAAAGGA